UCUUCUCUCACAUGUCGAUCAACGCAGGAGUCGAGGGAGAGGACGGAUACUACAAGGGCGCGGGAGGCAAGGAUGAGGGUUACGCAGGGGUUGAUGGUGGCGGCGUUGGUGGGGACGGUCGAUUGGGCUCGGGACGGAAUGCAAGGCGCGGGAGCGGUGGACGUCGGUGGUUGAGCAACUGCUUCCGAUCGGUGCCGUAUGCGUCGUUGCUUGCGGUGAUGAUGGCAGCUUCGGGGUUGUCUGCGGCAUGGCAUGGAUGGAAGCGGUUUCAUGAUCAGCUGGAUGAGUAUCUGACUGUUGAUGAGAUCCACAAGUACGAGCAUUGGUUCUACGUUGCGGUCACGAUCCCGUUCCUCUUUGAUCUUCUGGCGCUGGUGGUAGCUCUCUCGGGAACAGGCGCCAUCCAAGAGGCAUGCUGCGCCAAGCGAGGCUGCUGUACCCGAAUGGUGGGCAAGGUCUUGGCGGCGCUCAUGUCGCUGGUCUCGUAUGGGCUCGUCUUUUGCUUUGUGGCGCUCUUUUCGGCCUUUGUCUCGCUGUGGGGCUUCAAGAAGCUCUUCGACUACGCCUGCGACGAAGUCGACUCGUUCUCCGAGUCCACCUGCAUCGAUCUCUCGCAGUUUGGGCUCGGCAACAAGAUGUGUGGACCUAACUUUCGCGCCUUUUGUGUCGACUUGCGCGAGAUGAACCCGAAUCUGGUCUCGAUCUUCUCGGGCCUGCUCCUCAUCAUCGCGGCGCAAGUCAACGUUGUCGUCAUUCACUGCGUCAACUACAACCGCAUCCGCGAUCGAGUGAACCGGUCGCGGUCAGCGCGAGUGUGGCGUGAAGAGUACUACGCCAUGGCGCCAGAGGAUCGGCCGCUGCUGCGGCGGUAAAGGCGUCAACCCAUGACGUUGAGGCUGGUGGAGACACCGCGGUCGGACGAGACCGGCGAGGCCGAGCGCUCGCGGAUGCGGACACGGACCUUUUUCUUGGAGCGGCGGCGCUGCGGUGAGGCUGCCGACGGCGGGGCACGACCGCCACCCUGCUGCGGUGCUGUCGGGCGGGCUGCGGGCUGAGAGGCCGGCUGUGGGUCGGGCGGGAGUGGGCGGCUCGGCGACAAGCUCGAGCGGCGGGUACGGCGGCGGUCGCGGUGGCGGUGGCGGUCGCGAACAGGCUCGUCGUGACGGGCAGACGAUGUGGGCGACGCAACCGGGGAGCGCAUGGCAUGCGGGCGUGUGGUGGGGCCGCGGCGCGACGACGACGCAUGGCGCAUGGGCGAGAACGGGGCGGCGCGGAGGCCGGUGCCCAGCGCGGGGGUAAAGCUGACAGAGGAGCCGA